AUGUCACAAGAAGAAGUUAAACAAAAUUUAGAGGAUAUUGAAAAAUCAAAUCAAGCAUAAUAGAAAGAAGGAGAAUAAUAGAUUUAAGAUGGAAAGUAGUUAUCACCAGAAGAAGAACAAAAAUUAAAAGAAAAAAAGGCUAAGAAAGCUCUCAACGCUAAGAUAUAUGAUUUAUAAAAAAAGCUAUCAAGAGGUAUUUAAGUUAUAAGUUAAACUGAAGGUAAAGCCCCUGAAGAGCUUUUCAGUUUCAAAGAAGCAACCAGUAACUUAUUUGUAUUGCAUUUUGGUAUAGGAGAAGAGGCUGACUACGUUACUGUCAGAGAUUAUGUAAAUUCAGUAGCAGGUCCUCAUAAACUUACAGUAUUCCCUGGUUUAGGUUAUGGUUAUAUAUAGUUUGAUGAUAUUAAAAAAGCAGAAUAAACUAUAAAUAGCUUAGAAAGUUUUGAAUAGAUUGAAAAUUGUCACUAUAAGGAAAUGACAUAUGAAAAGAAAAUUCGUCCUACCUUCUUCUUAUAUGCUAAAUGCAAGCUUACCGAUAUUUGUUAAAAUAAGAACAAUGAUUUCCCAGAAGCUUAAAGAAAAGUAGAUGCUCCUGGCCUCAUCUUUUAAGAAGAGUUUAUUACACAAGACUAUGAAAAGCUUAUUAUGGAAGAAAUAGAUAAAAAGGAAUGGAAUAAGCUUGCUAAAAGAAAAGUAUAGCACUAUGGAUACGAAUUCCUUUACGGAAUUAACUCAAUCAAUAAAGAUAAUGUAAAGAAUAAUUGA